AAUGUCUAACGUUUUGAACAAUAAACAAAAUCCAAGCAAAACAACAUUCAUAGACGAAGAGGCAACACCAUACAUCAUCUUUGUGAUAAACUUCUUCAAAAAGAGCAAAACCACAACAACAAAGAACAGCAGCUCCUUUUCUUCUCUUUAACCCAUGACUGCUGUUCUAUAUCUUUGCCUCCUCUGUUUCUCCUUCACCCCGUCUCUGCAACACGUCAGCGAGUCUGAGCCGCUCAUGCGGUUCAAAACCUCGGUGAAUAUAACCAAAGGGGACCUGAAUUCAUGGAGAACUGGAACCGAUCCUUGCAAUGGCAAAUGGUUUGGGAUCUACUGCCAAAGGGGUCAAACAGUCUCCGGUAUUCACGUUACCAAGCUCGGUCUCUCUGGGAUCAUCCAUGUCGAGGAUCUAAAGGAUCUCCCAAACCUAAGGACAAUCAGGCUUGACAAUAAUCUUCUUUCGGGCCCACUCCCUCCUUUCUUCAAGCUCCAUGGCCUGAGAUCGCUCUUGCUGUCAAACAAUAGCUUUUCUGGAGAGAUCGCUGAUGAUUUCUUCAAGGAUGGGCCUCAACUUAAGCGCAUAUUUUUAGAUCAGAACGAUUUCACUGGGAAAAUUCCCACAUCCUUGAUGCAACUCACGGGCCUCGAGGAGCUUCACUUGCAAGGCAACCAGUUCUCUGGUGAGAUACCUUUGCUUACAGAUGGUAACAAGAAUCUUAAAUUAAUCGACCUCUCCAACAAUAACCUGGAGGGAGAGAUCCCAAAGAGCAUAGCAGAAAGAAAUAUUGUGAAGAUGAACUUUCAAGGCAACCAGAAGCUUUGUGGACAGCCGCUGAAUGUCAUGUGCGAUGAUAAACCACCAGCGUUAGGAAAAAACCCUAACGAAGUCACCGGGAAAGCCGUCUUUAUGGUCAUUCUUUUUCUUUUGAUAUUCUUGAUCCUGGUGGCAAUUAUAACAAGAUGGAAGAAGAAGAAGAGGCAGCCCGAGUUCAGGAUGCUCAGCAAGGACCACCUAAGUGACACUGAAAGCGUGGAAGUACGCAUGCCAGACUCCGUAAAGAAGCCUGUUGAGGCGAGCAAGAAGCGAAGUAACGCGGACGGAUCCUCUAAAAAAGGUUCAACGCAUCAUGGGAAAGGUGGAGGAGGAGGCGGCAUGGGAGACAUUAUAAUGGUAAACAGCGAGAAAUGCUCAUUUGGUUUACCCGAUCUCAUGAAGGCUGCGGCCGAGGUGCUAGGCAACGGUAGCCUAGGGUCGGCCUAUAAGGCCGUCAUGGCCAACGGAUUAUCCGUGGUUGUAAAGCGGAUCAGGGAUAUGAACAAGCUGUCACGUGAUGCGUUCCAUGUUGAGCUACAACGUUUUGGGAAACUACGACAUCCUAACGUUCUUACCCCUUUAGCUUAUCAUUACCGUCGUGAAGAAAAGCUUGUAGUCUCGGAAUACAUGCCGAAAAGCAGUCUACUCUACGUUUUGCACGGAGAUCGAGGGACUUUUCAUUCCGAGCUAACUUGGUCAACAAGGUUGAAGAUUAUUCAAGGAGUCGCACUAGGGAUGCAAUUUUUGCAUGAAGAGUUUGCGUCCUACGAACUUCCCCAUGGAAAUCUAAAGUCCAGUAACGUUCUAUUAAGUGAAACCUAUGAGCCACUGGUCAGUGAUUACGCAUUCCUCCCACUUCUUCAGCCUGACAACGCCUCGCAGGCGUUAUUCGCUUUUAAAUCCCCGGAAUUCGCUCAAAACCAGCAGGUUUCACCAAAAUCUGAUGUAUAUUGCCUCGGAGUAAUCCUUUUAGAGAUCAUGACGGGAAAGUUCCCUUCGCAGUACCUAAACAACGGCAAAGGUGGCACAGAUAUCAUUGAAUGGGUGCAAUCUUCGGUGGCGCAGCAUAAAGAAGAAGAGCUUAUUGAUCCAGAGAUAUCGAGUAAUACUGAUUCGUUGCAACAAAUGGUAGAAUUGCUGCGGAUAGGCGCUGUGUGUAUUGCAAGUAAUCCAGAUGACAGGGAAAACAUGAAAGAAAUUGUUACAAGGAUAGAACGAAUAACGAUUUGACGAGAUUUUAAAGAGAAAGUAAAAAGCCCUCGGAAUCUUUAGAUAAACAAACAUAAGAGGAAAGGUAUGUUAUAUAAAUAGGAAUGAAGAUACUUUUAUUCUUAAUGACAAAAAUCAUAUUUAUCUGUUCAUUAGGA